UGCGCUACGCAGGCGAGUGCGAGAAUCGCCGUAGCUGGCGCCGGAGGCGUAAGGGGUGGGACUCUGCCCCCGCCCCGCCCGCGGUGCCGGCGCGGAGGUUCCGCGCUCCCGUGCCGUCCCGCCGCCGUCGCCAUGGCUGCCCCGGGGCCGGCCCGCCUCCUCCGCGCCGCCGCUGCUUCCUCCCGCCGCUGGCUCUUCUCCGCCUCGCCGGCAGGCGGGACGAGGCCGGGCUGCGGCAGCGCUGCCGUGAGGGCAGCCCGGCUGUUCAGCCUUUCUGCCCGGGCGGUCCUCAGCUCAGAAGAUAAAAUAACUGUUCAUUUCAUAAAUCGUGAUGGUGACAAACUAACAGCCAAAGGAAAACCUGGGGAUUCACUGCUGGAUGUUGUUGUUGAUAAUAAUUUAGACAUAGAUGGUUUUGGUGCAUGUGAAGGAACGCUAGCCUGUUCGACUUGUCAUUUAAUCUUUGAAGACCACAUAUUUGAGAAACUAGAUGCAAUUACUGAUGAAGAGAUGGACAUGCUGGACCUGGCAUAUGGCCUUACAGAAACAUCACGUUUAGGCUGCCAAAUCUGCUUGAAGAAAUUGAUGGAUAAUAUGACUGUUCGAGUACCAGAAUCUGUUGCCGAUGCUAGACAAUCAGUAGAUAUGAGUAAAAACUCCUAAAAGAAAAUAUGAUAGGGGUUUCAAAGAAGUUUAAUUAUUUUUAUAACUUAUUUUUAAAUGUGUAAUUAAAUAUGGAAACUUACAUAAUUGUGAGUUAUUUUAUAUGACUAUCAAUAUUAGAUUAAUGCUAUUUUAAUUUUCUUUAUAGAACCUCCUAUAUUUUUACGCUUAAAAUGCAAUAAUACUUCUUACAAGUGAUCAUUGGAUGAUAAAACGUUAGCAAGUGUAUUACAGAUUUCAUAUAACAUUAUUCUGCCAAAACCUUUAAUGAUACUUCAGAACUGGAUCACUUCUACAAGACUUCAUCUAAAAACCCCUGGGCAUUUCUAGGUUUUGGACCUGGAUAUAUGAGAACAAAAUUUGUCAGACUGCAUGGGCUCUUUUGAACGUGUCAUCAUUAAAGAUGGUAUGCUCACAGCUAAUUCACGUUCUCAGUAAAUAUGAUGUUUCCUCAGCAAACAGUGGAUUUUCAGGGUAGGGAUUUUCCAAACUUUGGAAUCUUAAUGAGAUGUGCCAAAUUUUGUCUUGCAAAAAUACUGUUGAAACCAUGAGAUCUAGGGGCUGAUACAGGAUGUUGGCACCUGCAGCUUAAUUGCUGCAGAGCAUCUCUGUUGCCCAAAUCAGAAGUCAAUAAACCUCAACUGUAUUUGUGUUUGACUAUACCACAAAUACGGGGAUACAGGUGGCUUAGACUAAAGCCUUGGAGCUGUCUAUGGGAGAGCAUAACCACUGGAGGUAAAUUCCUGCUGUUCUCUGAAGAUGGCUGAGUUGGGAUUGAAGAGGGCAAUGUUUGUCAAUGUAAGAUGUGUUCUGAAAUCUUUAUCCAUUUUUCAGUUUUGAGCUUGUUCGGAAGACAGUCUGAUGUUAGCUAGGGCAUCCAGCUUAAAGAGAGUCCUAGAUUCUGGGCCUUGCUCUCAGGAUCACUUCAGUAAUGAUUGAUGUGAAAUGACCAAGUAUAUUUACUCCAUAACGAUGGAGUGGGUUCACCAGAAAGGGUGGGGAGACCCCCAUGGUGGGAUAGCGUGUGAACUGAUGAUGAAGAGCUUUCAGUUGGAUCUUGUUUUAGUCUUUCUAAAGUAGAUGAAAAUAAAUAAUGUCUCUAAGAGUCUGUCUUAUUCACUCCAGUUUUUGUUGCCUAAAUACUUAAAUGAAAUGGUUGUCACCAAUACAAUAGUUGUUACCCGUAUAAGGUUAUUUUAAUAUUUUGGUUGUAUUUAUACAUAUUUACAUAUAUAAAAAAAAACAUGUUUGUUUACAUUUGAAUGAUCUAAUGCAUUCAUUGAUGCCUUAUUUGAACUGGUAACAAUGACAUCUACACAUCUUUUCCUGCAUUAUUGUAUUUAUGGCACAGGGGAAAACAUUAUUUUUCCAGUGUUGAAUAAUGGGAUUAUUUUGAGCUUCCUAAAGAGAGGGGGGGGAAAAAAAAAAAAAAAAAGUCCCUCUUCAUUAUAAAAAGAAAUAUUUUCUAGAACUGUGUUGAAAAUAGAUCUAGUUCAGAUUCUUUGAUUUCUUCUCUGAGUAGCUAUUAUUUUGUUUUCUGGUGUUCCCUUUAGACUUUCCCCUAAAACAAGAUAUGCUUAAUGUGGUCUGCUCAGCACUUAACCAUACAGGGCUUUUCGAAUACACUUCUUAUCUCAUCUAAUUCAAAAUAUGACUUCAGAGUUGAAAUUUGCUGGCUUUUUGAAAAACAGAGCAAGGUCAGGGAGAAGGGUGGAAAUAAGUUGAAGAUAUGUUCUGAAGAUACUGCAGUCUUCAACUGCUGUGACUCCAACCGUAAUUUAGAGGUUACCGUCCCACAAUCAGAUGCUAAGGUAAAUCAGUUCUCACUUUGUAUUGUCUUCGUCCUGAAUUCAUUUAUAUACAGUAAUUAUUAUUAAAUCUUGAAAUUCUUUCUUUACAUGAGACAGCUCUUCAGAUUCCGAGAGAGGGAACUCGGGUCAUAACCAGAUGUACUGUGCAUUUUUCCAUCAGAAUAAAAUCUGAGGUUUUGGUAUAGCUCUGGGGUUUAGGGGUAGAUGUUGGUGUUUGUUGGGUUUGGGGGUUUUCUUGGGUUUUGUUCUGGGUUUUGUUGGGGUGGUAUUUGUUAUUUGUUUUUACAUACAGCACCAGGCACUUCUUGUGGGAAUCUUGAAGUGCUUAACACUGUUAAACAAAUGUGAACCAGCUCUUGUGUGACAGUUCUUUUUAAGCCAAGGUCGUUUUGUUGUGCGUUUCCUGUGACAGCUUCUCGUUACAAACACUUUGACUCUCCUACAGUGUGCCUGUGGAAGGAAUUAUUUGGCACAAUACGGCAAAAAAGGACUCUUCAAAGUUCAUUUUGAAUUCUAGAGGUAUCCCAUAUUAAGGAACUGGCAUGUAAUCCCCAAAAUGCACAGCUCAGAGAUACCUGUUUCGUUAUUGUCAAAUUGUUUGCAAAUAAAUCUUAUUUUAUACCA